AUGUCAAUCAAGGAAAUUGCAUUGGACUUAACGGUUUUUACACUUACCAGUGUAAAUGAUGCUAUUUCUUUCAAACCACAACUCUGUUUCGAAGUUCCCAAGCAGGACUAUCAACAGUUGAAAGAAGAUUAUAUUAAUUUUACCGGAACUUCCAUACGAAAGAAUCGGUCAAAAUUAUUUUUCCUGCCCACGAAUGUAUCCGACGAACUACAAAAAUUAAAUGCAAGUGUACCGGAGAGUGCGAAACGAGUUCCUAAUGACGGUAGGGUUUAUUAUAAAAACAGACUCAUUACUGAAUUAGACUAUGAGAACGUUAAGCGCGUAGAGACGGCAUGUGCAUUUAUUGCCUAUACUGCGUUAAAUUCGUUUGUACAUUUUGAGACGGAUGUCAAGGGUAAUGCUAGCGGUAAUGGUGAUCAUGAAUCAGUCCCCAUGGUCAGUACCGUCUCAGCCGGUACCAACACUGGCAGUAGUGGUUCAAGUGUUGACAUUGAUGGUACCAGCAGUAAUACUGUUGGAAAUGGCGGUGAUGAUGACGAUGAAAAUGAGGAAGUGUCAUCGAGUGAAAGCGUUACAAGGGCAUUGAAAAAGGGAAAUAUUCUUGGAUUCCGCGAAUUAGGACAUCUUGUUGGAAUUACACCUUGGCAUUUUCAUCGUGUCUUUAAAGUCAUUACUGGUUUAACGAUUAGAGAAUACGGUCAAUUAUGCGUCGAAUUCAUCAAAAAGAAUAAGGAACUAAUUAAUGCCUGUAGAGUUCGUGUGGUAAGGUUUAAAUUGACUGAACAUUAUUCUUGCCUAGAUGAUACACAUUUCCUCAGAGAUGGUGGUCUCCAGUAUCCUGCAACGGAAAACGUCGUCUUACUGCCCGAUUAUUUCAUUGAUCCAAAUAAAUCCAAGGAAUUCAAAAAGAGAAAAAGUAGUACAAAACCGGUACAAGAAGAGGUUAAUUAUGGUGUAACCCAAAGGUCACAGAUACGCAAAAGACGUAGUUCAGUAGUGUACGGUAGAAUUCAACGUGCAUCUCAAAAUACAAUUACGUCCAAUUCGUUGAACGACUGUUUAACUUCACCAACAACAACGAGAAGGUCGGUUUCUUUCCCACGCUCAGACGAGGAGAAUAUUAAUUAUAAUUAUGAUUACGGCUACAACUAUAAGAAUGACGGCAAUGACAACGUCAAUGGUAAUAAUAUUAUUGACAGCAAUUUCGGAAAUCAAAUUGAAAAUGAUACUUUUAACAAUUAUCACUAUUCGAAUACUACAACCAAUAAUAAUUUUGAUAAUGAUACCGACGAGUCCACGUCAGCUUCGAGCGAUUGGGAAAGACCAAUUCAAAAUGUUUUUCCACCAUUAUCGAUGGCAACACCAAGACCUACGUCUCCUGCAAUUACUUCAAGGAAAAAUAGUAUUAUUUCAAUUGGUAGUGCAGGGGCUGCUGCUUCAGCUUCAAACAAUAAAGUUUCUAAAAAGGGCGGGAACCUAAUGGAAGCUCAUAGAAGGAAUCGUAGUGAUGGUUUAGGUUUGAAUUUAGAUUCUUUGCGAGACGGAAGCAUCGACCAUAAGUUGAGUAUGGCAACCACGUCGGCAGGAACGGCAGUUGGAGGUGAUAACGGCAAUGCUAACACAUCAACUAUAGAAUUUAACAACAAUAUAUUUCAAAAUGAUGAUGCUGAGGAUGUGGAUUUUACUAAUCUGGAUUAUAAUAGUUCAAACAACAUAUUUCAAAAACAGUUCAAGUUAGAUCCAAAAUAUCCGUACCCAAGUAAUAGUAGUGACACUAAUGUUGACAGUAAAGCAAACAGUGUCAGUCGUUCUAGUGGGUCUGCAGCAGCUGCAGCCAUAGCAGCAUUUAGUGGUGUGAAUGGUAACGGGAAUAACAACGACAGUAAUGGUAACUCUGGUAUGGAGGGUGUUCCAUCAAUGACUGAUAUCUCCCUAUUCAACAAUUCACUACUAGAACAGACAACUACUCCAGCCGCAAGUUUACUGCUUGAUACAGAUCCAACAAGUGCAAGUACGGGAAUUCAAGAAGAACUUGAUGUUGACACCUUACUUAAUAAUAGUAGUUCAUUAUUAGACGAGCUAGUACCGUUUAGUUCCCAUCCUCAUCACCAUCAUAAUCAUCAACCACAACGUAAAGAUGGUAUUGCUGCAGGCGAACUAUUCAGCAUGCCAGAGGAAAAUGAAUUAUUUGACACAUUAAACGGUGAUCUAUUAGCUGGUGAUGCCCUUUUGAGCUUUGAACAUUAA